UCACAUGGUGCGGAAUAGAGCUGCGGAAUAGAACGUGCGUCAUAGAAGCAGCCAAUCAGAGCUAUUCCGCAUUUUCUGUUCCGCAAAUGUUUGGCCGGCCUGUUCCCAUGGUGCGUCAUAGACGGGCAAUGACGCAUCCGGAAUGAAAAUUGUAGAUGUAAUACAACUUUUAUUAAAAUAAAUCAAACGUUUUUAUAAAAUGUAAUAUUUGUAAUAGCAAUAAUAAUCAUUAAUAUAAUAUUAUAUGAAAUUUUGUAUUGAAUAUUAAAAAGUUGAAAACAAUAUUUUUAAAUUUUUGAACUGCAUUGACGCAUUCUUGGUCAUUUUUCUGCACCAUGUGAACAGGCCGGUCAAAGAUUUGCGGAAUGCGUGAUGCGUGAUGUAGCUUGGUCGUACACCAUGCAAUAUUGUUAACCUUUUUUGCUAAAACUUUGUUUUUGUCAGAAAAUAGCAAAGGUUAUGAAUAUGGAAAAUAAAAUAGUGAUGAUUCAAGAGUCUAUUAAAGUUUUAACGAGAGUAUACAUGAGAAGAACUCCAAUGCUCCAGUAUCAAAAGGAAAAAAUCAGAAUUGCUUUAGUGAAAUUAUGGUUACUGUAUACAAAAUUGUCAAAGCAAAAAUCCAAAAGAAGGAUGUGGGUCAGGCCUAUUUAUUCAAUUGAGCAGCGUUCCUCUCAAGGAGAUAGUGACAAUUUAGUUAAUAUGUUACGAAUGACAGAUCCUUCACUAUAUUUUAAUUAUUUAAGAAUGGAUGCUAGCAUCUUUAAAGAUCUACUAUUAAUAGUAGGUCCUGGAAUUGAAAAGCAAUUAAAUAUUAGAGAACCAAUUGCUUCAUAUACAAGACUGCAAAUAUGCUUAAGAAUACUUCUUUCACUUUAUCAAAUAUAGAAAAAGUAAACUGGCUCAACUUCAAAUAUAUAGAUCAACCGUUACUUGGUUAUGGCUACAAAUUCUGUGAUAUUCUAUGACGCGUAGCUAUGACGCAACGACGCCAAUGACGCGAACGCGCAUGCAGAAAAGGUUGUAGAUUCUGCGGCAAAGCUCUGAUUGGCUGCUUCUAUGACGCACGUUCUAUUCCGCAGCUCUAUUCCGCACCAUGUGAUUUCGGCCUAAGACAAGUAUAUUUUUUCUCAUUCUAACUUAUUGCACCAGUGCA